GGCGUUGUUUGACACCAGUGCAUACAUACCCCGACCAAAACGAAAGGAAACAGGACUGGCACCCGAAUGCAAUUCCAAUAUGGCAACUCCCUCUGUUGUUAUCCGGCAUUCCAAUUAUUAUUUCCAUUGCAUAUUGUUUUUAGAGUAUUUGACAUUAGCAGAGGAGCAGUUUUUAAUUUUGAGGAAAACGAUGCAUCGGCCAAUUGUCAAGUGAUUGAAAAGCCACCGUCCUACGACUGAUUUGAGACCAAACAAAUGGAAUUGUUACUAUUUUUUUGCCAUAACUAGUUACUACUUAUACCAUCCGAAUUUUGUAAAUACUGUUCGCUCUUUCCUGUUGCCCAAAUCUAGUUGCUGCAGAAAUUCCAAUGCAAUUUUUUUAUGGCUAUAAUCUCCUAUACUUUCUUGGACGAUGGAGUAUUUGAUAUCUUUAAGAUAUCUUUCUUACCUGCUUUUGUUAAGUAUUUUACGAUUUUAUCGAUUUUUAUUACACUUGUAGUCUCAUUCUGGGUUUUGUACAGCUGAGGAAGGUAUAUAUGACUUUUAUAGUCAAAAUGGUUGGUUACAUUGCUGCUUAGUUACGACCUUGUUUAUAUUAAUAUUUCUUUGUUUGUAGUAUAUCUAAGACCGUUUUCUUUACUGCUAAGUAUUCUCGGUUCUUGGAUUGUAAUAAUCAAAAUAUAUACAUUUUUUAUAGAUCAUUUCUGGGGAUCAUUCAUCUUCAUUUUUCUUCAAGAUUUUUUUCUCUUUUCUGCAACUUUUUCUUUUUAUUAUAUUUUUUAACACCUUCUGUACAUUUACCUAAAUCGUAUAUGAGUUAGAUUCAACUGUGAACUUCGAGAUUAACUACUAAUUGGGGAACUGAAUAUGAUUACUAGGGUGCUCGUUUCAUUUUGGAACAAUAUGGGUGAUAAUCCUUUAUGGGGUUUAUUCAGGAAUCCAAGGGAAGUUUUCAAGAAAGAUGAGUUAGGUCUAGAAAUGGCACAGAUUGCCUUGCCUGCAGCACUGGCUCUAACUGCAGACCCUAUUGCUUCUCUAAUUGACACUGCUUUUAUUGGCCAUAUAGGUCCUGUGGAGCUAGCUGCAGUAGGAGUUGCAAUUGCCGUCAUUAAUCAAGUAUCAAAAAUUGCAAUUUUCCCACUUGUUAGUGUCACGACUUCUUUUGUUGCUGAAGAAGAUGCUAUGCGAAGUUUGAAAGGUGAAACAGAGGAGAUAAAAUUAUUGGAAAAAGGGUUUUCUGCAGAUAGUGAGUUGAUACCGAAAACUGAAACUAGUGAUGGCGAGAAUAAGAAAAGGCAUAUAUCAUCGGCUUCAUCAGCAAUGGCGAUUGGUGCCAUACUUGGCCUCAUACAAUCUAUAUUCGUUAUUUUUGCUGCAAAACCAAUUCUUGAAUACAUGGGGAUUAAAUCAAAUUCGCCUAUGCUGAAACCAGCACUAAGGUAUUUAACAUUGAGGUCAGUCGGUGCUCCAGCCGUUCUUCUUUCUUUGUCAUUGCAAGGGGUCUUUCGGGGUUUUAAGGAUACAAAAACUCCUCUGUAUGCAACUAUGGUUGGAGAUGCGGCGAAUAUAGUAUUGGACCCUAUAUUCAUCUUCCUGUUCGGUAUGGGUGUUAGCGGUGCAGCCAUUGCCCAUGUCAUUUCCCAGUAUUUAAUUGCCUUGAUGCUCAUGUGGAGAUUAAGUGAACAAGUUAGUCUCUUGCCUCCAACAGUAAAAGACCUGCAACUUGGUCGGUUUUUCAAGAAUGGUGAGGGAUUUGGGAUUUUGUAUAUCUUUGCAUUAUGUUAUUCUAUUCAUGCUUUUGUAGCAUGUUUGAUAAGUUGAAAUGGUCAGUAUUUUCGUCAAUUGUAUCGUUCAAUCCCAUCUAGCACUACUUCCCAAACACACCAUGAUUGUGCA